UCACUGGCUGUUCCCGCAGGUGGGGAGUACAGCGAGGAUGACGUGAGCGAGCUGGUGCGGGAGGAUGAGGAGGAGGCGCCGCGCAGCCCUCGGCCCCGCGCCGGGAGGAGCCGCCCCGCUAGCAGGAAGAGGAAGAAGGGAGGUCUCCUGCUAGAGGAAGAGGAAAAAGGGGAAGAAAAAGCUCAGCCCAAUGAAGAGGAGGAGGAAGAGGAAGAGAAUAAUGGAGAGCAGGUGGAAAUAAGCAGAGAAGAUGAAGAAAAAAAGAAAGAGGAUGCUCUUUGGGCCAGCUUCCUUAGUGAUGUGGGGCAGAAACCCAAAGCAGGGGCUACCACACAAGUGGCACAAGCAAAGAAGGCUGAAGAAAAGAAGAGUGAGAACAACCUUCAGGAGAAACCAAAAGAGUCUGAGAAGCCAAAAGAUUCAGGAAAAGUGACCAUCACCAAAGUGUUUGAUUUUGCUGGGGAGGAGGUCAGAGUGACUAAAGAAGUGGACUCAACCUCAAAAGAAGCUAAAUCUUUUCUGAAGCAGCAAGAGAAACGACAGUCAGCAGCUUCAGCUUCCCUUCCAACAGUCUCUGGGGUGAAGAGGCCAAGUGGCAUGAGCAGCCUCCUGGGGAAGAUUAGCUCCAAAAAGCAGAAGAUGAGCACACUGGAGAAAUCUAAACUGGACUGGGAGAGCUUCAAGGAGGAGGAGGGGAUUGUGGAGGAGCUGGCGAUCCACAACCGAGGGAAAGAUGGGUACAUCGAGAGGAAAGCAUUCCUGGAACGUGUGGAUCACAGGCAGUUUGAAAUCGAACGUGACCUCAGACUGAGCAGGAUGAAGCCCUGA